AUGGCUCUAAAUAUUAGUUCAACGGUUAUAUUAAACGAUAUAAUGACCACUCAACUGGACUUGGAAGAAUUAAAACUCAACAUCGACGAUAUGUUCUUAGUUAUCAAUGGAAUAAUUGUAUCCUUUAUGCAAGUAGGAUUCGCAUGUUUAGAAGCUGGAUGUGUGCAGCCCAAAAACGUAACUAACAUUUUGAUGAAAAAUAUAUUGGAUUUAUUCAUCUGCGCGAUAUCGUACUGGCUGGUGGGAUACGGUUUGGCGUACGGUGGCGGUGGUUGUUUAUAUUACGGUAAAGAAUUCUUCGCGGGCGUCGGUAUGCCGUCAAGCCAAAACGGCGUUUGGUUCUUCCAGUACGUGUUUGCAGCGACCGCGGCAACCAUCAUAUCGGGGGCUGUGGCGGAGAGGUGCAAUUUCAUAGCAUACAUAUUCUACAGCGUUAUCGUAUCGGGUGUGACGUAUCCCAUCGCCUCACACUGGACUUGGUCACCCGACGGUUGGUUACUAAAAAUUGGGUAUUCCGAUUUUUCCGGCGCCGGGACAGUGCACCUACUGGCCGGCACCUGUUCAUUCGUCGCAGCUCUGUUCAUCGGCCCGCGGAACGGACGUUUUAGCACCAUCGCUCCGAACGAAUACAACGGACACUCGAUGCCGCUAGUGGCCACGGGGACCCUGUUGCUCAUAUCAGGAUUCCUGUCAUUCAAUGGCGCAUCCCUGGGCCAUAUUACCAAACCUGGUGACGGAGUCAUAGUGGCCAAUAGCGUGGCUAACACAAUUUUCGGCGGCAGUGGCGCGGCAGUGGUCAUACUGAUUAUGGCCAAAGCUGGUCUGGUUGGCGAGUCUAGGUGGCCGUUCGCGAUGACCAUAAACGCCGUCUUGAACGGAAUGGUAUCGGUGUGCGGAGGUGUCAACCAGUACACACACUUUUCUGCAGUGAUGGUCGGCAUGAUUGGUUGUAUCAUUUACUUAGUAUUGCAAUGGGUUGUUCCACGUUUAAAAGUGGACGAUCCGCUGGAAACUACUGCCGUCCAUUUUGGAGGUGGAUUGUGGGGAGUGAUAGCUACACCGCUUUUUGUGGAAGGAGGAUUUUGGAACAAUCCCGAUUCUAUGCCUCUAUUGAAAUCGAAUCUAAUUGGCGCUGGAUCUAUUAUUGUAUGGUCAGUAGUAAACAGUGCAAUAUUGUUUGGAUUCCUUAGAGUGUUUGACUUGCUCCGAGUGUCCAAAGAAAAAGAGAUUAUCGGUUUGGACAUGAGUCUUCACAAGGAACAAGCAUACCCAGUGACAAACAUUUUUAUUGAAAACGGACAUAAAAAUAGCAACAAAACCACAGUCAUCAGACAUGCCUACGACAAUGUGGCGAUGCAACACACCCUCCAACAGUGA